CCGCCCCAGCCCCGCCGUGCCUGCGGCUGCUGCUCGCGGCCCCCGCAGCACCGGCUGCAGCCCGGGUACGUGGCGGAGUAGCCGCGGUCCGGGGAGCAGGGCGAGCUCCAAGCAGCUAUGGCUGGAGCCGCACGUCUGGUGAGCUGGGAGAGAUAAAAACCAGGAGGAUAACUGGGGCAGCAGCAACAGGAGGGGAAUCCCCCUCCCUCCGCCGCCUCCUUGCCCGGCAUGCCGGCACUGCCCCGCUGAGACGUGCAAAGAGUUUUGGGGUUAAUUUGCGCCUGGCCGCCCCUGGAAUAGAGACUCUACGGAUAUCGGAUCGAUUGGGUUUGUUGUCUAUGUCGUGUUGGGAAAUCUGGUGGAAUUUUUUUUCGCUCGAGGAGGAAAAGCCCGGUGUUGGCAGUUGGCUUCGUGGUCUUUUUUGGAGGGCAAAGGAAGGGAAGGGAUCUCACUUCAGCCGUGCGGAGAGAGAGCUCGGACAUGUGUUGUCAGCACAUCUGGGGAAUACAGUCUGCAAGUCUGAAAGGAAAUUUGCUGGGAUCAUUCAAACUGCGAUAUUGAUCUUUGUUAUUUUUUUUUCGCCGAGGGAUGCACUUGGCAUGAGAAUCGGAGGAUGGAAAUUGUUUGGGAGGUGCUUUUUCUUCUGCAAGCGAAUUUCAUCGUCUGCAUUUCAGCUCAAGCAGCAGAUGAAACUAGAUGACAGUCAGUUAUGGACAAUAGUGAAAUACUGUGCUCAACAAAAUUCACCAAAAAUCCAUGAAGGCUGGUGGGCUUAUAAGGAGGUGGUCCAGGGAAGCUUUGUUCCUGUGCCCUCCUUUUGGGGUUUGGUGAACUCAGCUUGGAAUCUUUGCUCUGUUGGGAAAAGACAGUCGCCUGUCAAUAUUGAAACCAGCCAUAUGAUUUUUGAUCCCUUCCUAACUCCUCUUCGCCUAAACACAGGGGGAAGAAAGGUCAGUGGGACGAUGUACAACACAGGGAGACACGUGUCCCUGCGGUUAGACAAGGAGCACCUGGUGAACAUCUCUGGGGGCCCAAUGACUUACAGUCACCGCCUGGAGGAAAUCCGGUUACACUUUGGCAGUGAGGACAGCCAAGGAUCAGAGCACCUCCUCAAUGGCCAGGCCUUUUCUGGAGAGGUUCAGCUGAUCCACUAUAACCAUGAGCUGUACACAAAUGUCACAGAAGCUGCAAAGAGUCCUAAUGGGUUGGUGGUAGUUUCCAUAUUUAUGAAAGUAUCUGAAUCAUCAAAUCCAUUUCUAAAUCGUAUGCUUAACAGAGACACCAUAACAAGAAUAACGUAUAAGAAUGAUGCAUACUUACUACAGGGGCUUAAUAUUGAGGAACUGUAUCCAGAGACAUCUAGUUUCAUUACGUAUGAUGGGUCAAUGACAAUUCCACCCUGCUAUGAAACAGCAAGCUGGAUAAUAAUGAACAAACCUGUCUACAUAACAAGGAUGCAGAUGCAUUCUUUGCGACUGCUAAGCCAGAAUCAGCCAUCACAGAUAUUUCUGAGCAUGAGUGACAAUUUCAGACCAGUCCAGCCUCUCAACAAUCGAUGUAUCCGAACCAAUAUCAACUUUAGUUUACAGGGAAAAGAUUGUCCAAACAAUAGAGCACAGAAACUACAGUAUAGAGUAAAUGAAUGGCUUCUCAAAUGAGACAGAGCAGGCAGAACCCAAAUCCUCAGUGGAAUGCUCCUUCUGGGAAUUGACAUCAUCUACAAUGUACCCAACCUCCCUCUCUGGGCUCACGUGCACCCUGUGCUGUGGGAAAAGAGCUGCUACGCUGGAAAACUCCUCAAAAUUUAUUCAUGUGAUUGGUGGCCAUUUAAAAACAAAACAAAACAAAACAAAACAAAACAAAACAAAACAAAACAAAAGUAUUACAGUAAAUGUGAUUACAAUUUUCCUGAACUAAUUUGGAGUCACAAGGAAAGACUUUUCAGCCUUUGUACAUAUGAAAUUCUUCCUCUUCUCCCCCUCUCUCCCUCAACUGAAAAAAGGAAAAAGGUGGCUCAGUACAGCAUCAAAGUCGAGUUGUGUUCUGUGUGCCAAGUAAUCCUUGGAAAGCUCUCAUUAUUUCACUAUCAUUAAUGGAUACUGACAAGACAAAACAAGACUACUGUAAAGGAAACAUUUCUAGUAUGAUCUUUCUGUUAAUUUAAUUUAAAAAGGGACAGACUUUGAGAGAUAAGUAUUGUAAAUAUAUCACUGCAGAAUAUAAAGGAAAUUGAAAUAUUUUCCUCUGUCACAUAUCUGUAGUAGGACUUGGCAAAAUCAGAAUAUAUCCAUUUUCUGUUUCUUGUUUUACAACAGAUCAUACAUUGUGUUGGUUACUAUUACUCAAUAAAUGUGUUUAACAAAUUAAUUUAGUUAAGUUGCUUUGAUUUCCUUUUUUCCUUUCUGAAAUAACAAGCCUCUACUACUUGUGGAUAUAUUAUUUGUGUUUUUCUUUUUUUUUUUUUUUUUUUUUGUUCUUUCUUUUUUUACUUAAUUUCUUUGUUGGCAGCCCAUUCAAGUGAGUUAAUGACUAUUGGGAAUGCACUUAAGGUGGUAUAACUUUAACUCCACUUUAUAGUCCAUCAUUAACAGGAACUGGACUCAAAGCAGAAAGCAGAUGAGACAUAUCUCAGUUUAAAAUUGCCAUUUUCCUUGCUGAAGCCAUUAUUGGGACAAACAUUCAAUCCUGUAAAUUGGUGGUGAAAGGGAUAUUUUUUCUUUACAGAUAAAGCAGGAGCUGGCCAAGUAAAAGCAAAUGCCUUUUUUCUUAUUUAUAAUGGUCAUUCACUGUGUUUGGUUACUGUCAAGAACUCAAUAAAUGUGUUUAACAAGUUCACACAGA